AUGAGCAUGAGCGUCGGGGAAUGCGCCGACGGGCAAGAGCCGCCGGCAGACGCGGAGAUGCAGGGCUUGGAUUCCGGCGACCAGGACGAGGAUGAGGACGACGAAGGUGCCUCCAGCGCCGCUUCGCUUUCCGAGCCAGCAUCCCCUUUCUCCGGCCCACGGGAGGAGAUAAACCGUGAUUCUACCAUGUUAAGCGAGGCCGUAAGCCCCCCGUACUCGAGAUGCUCGUCGAUACCACCGCGAUGUUCCUCUCGGGACUCGGCCGUGUCGGAGCGGGACGUGGUGUCCCCGGUGAGCCCGCCGUCCCCCCGCAACGAGUCCCCCCGCUCCUCAGCCUCCGCCUCCGCCGAAGAGCCCAACGUCCUCGACUUCAGCACCAAGCGACCCUCCGGGACGCCCCCGCCCCAGCCCGGGCCCCACCUCCUCAAGAUCCCGGCCACGGUCGAAGUUCCUCUCAAUAGUCCUUUAGAUUUAUCAGUUUCCAGUAGAAAAAGAAGUCACGGCGACGACUCGUCGCCGGCCUCGUCUCCUAGUCCGCAACCAAAAAAGAUCCCGAUGGACUUCAAGCAAGUGCCGUGGACGCCGCCGCCCGGGGUCCCGCCUCACUUCCCCUACUUCGCCGCCGCCAUGGCGGCCGCCAGCAGUCUUUCACCCAAGAGCAAUUCCUCCGCCGCCGAGACCUUCCCCUGGAACGGGAAGACCAAAUCUCAGGAGCCCCGCUCCGCGCCCAGCGACGCCUCCAAGGCCCUCGAGAAGAUGAGCGAGCUUAGCAAAUUGGGCGGCGACGAGUUCCGCUCCUCCUUCAACAACAACAGCAGUAGCGUCAACAAUAACAAUAGUCACAUAGGUUCAAGCGGGCGGCAUAGCGCCUGGCAGUCGCACUGGCUCAACAAGGGCGCCGAGCAGGCCAAGGACGUGCUGAAGUGCGUGUGGUGCAAGCAGAGCUUCCCGAGUCUGGCGGCCAUGACGACGCACAUGAAGGAGGCCAAGCACUGCGGUGUCAACGUUCCUAUCCCCCAGAUCCAACCGCCGCUUCCAGCGCCGCCCCAACAGGCGCCGCCCUCCGGGGCCUCCAACAACAUCAACUCACCGCCGUCGGCCGCCAACAGCAAGCCCAACUCUUCCGACUUGAACCUCAUCAUCAAGGAAACCAUGCCCCUCCCGAGGAAGCUCGUGAGGGGGCAGGAUGUAUGGCUCGGAAAAGGCGCCGAACAAACUAGGCAGAUCCUGAAGUGCAUGUGGUGCGGGCAGAGCUUCCGGUCACUCGCCGAGAUGACUAGUCAUAUGCAGCAAACGCAACACUACACGAACAUAAUCUCCCAGGAGCAGAUUAUCUCCUGGAAGAGCGCCGACGAAGGCAAGUCCGGUGGAAGCGGGAGCAGCGGCGGGGUGAGCAGCUCGGCCGCCGGUGGCGCCUCGAGUGUAACCAGUAGUCACGUGAGCGCGGUGCUCACCUGCAAAGUAUGUGAUCAAGCCUUUAGUUCGUUGAAAGACCUUAGCAAUCAUAUGGUGAAGAACUCCCACUACAAGGAGCACAUCAUGAGGUCGAUCACGGAGAGCGGCGGCCGGCGACGGCAGACGAGGGAGAAGCGGAAAAAGUCGCUGCCCGUCCGGAAGCUGCUCGAGCUGGAGCGAGCGCAGAACGACAUGAAGAACGGCGAGAGCUUCAUGAUGCUCGGCAAGCACAACCGGGAGAUCCACGCCGCCAGUCGGAUAACCUGCGAGAAGUGCGGGGAGAAGAUCGACAUGGCCGUCUUCGUCGACCAUAUCCGGUUGUGCAUCGGGAGCGGCGCCAUCAGCAGCGACCACAGGAAUCUGCUGAAGAACGCCCUGCUGUCGAGCAACAUGCAUACCUCGGAGAAUCCCCCCAGCGUGACGCAGACGCUCCGGGAAAGCCGCAAGAUCAAAAAGGACUACGUGAAUCUCCCGUCCGUGUCGCCCCCGGCCGCCGCGUCGGACCUCUCGAUCAACUCGGAGCCGAAAGCAAGCAAUAAACAGUCGGACGGCAAGAACUCCACCUCGCCGUCCGUCCUCAACGCCAUCGAGAAGCUCAUAGAAAAAAGUUUCGACUCGCGAGGCAGGCAUGGUGGUGCUAGUGGUGGCGCCAAUUUCAACCCCAACGCCAGUCCUGGCAACGCUCCCAUCGGUUCCAGCAUCCUCAAGAGGCUAGGCAUCGACGAAAGCGUCGACUACACGAAGCCCCUCGUCGACGCGCAAACUAUCAACCUUCUUCGAUCGUAUCACCACCAUCAACAAGCCAACUGCGGGCGCAGGGAAAGAAGUGGCAGCGAAUCGAGCUCUGUGUCAGAUAGGGGUCUGUCCAGGCACGACUCUCUCACGCCCGAGAAGAAAUUCGACUCUCCGGAGAAGCUAUCGACAUCGUCCGCGAGGGCGACGCCGGAGAACGUCGGCGCCAUGUCUCCACCCGAAGACGCCUCGGUCGAUCUCAAGAUCAAGCGGGAACCGGAAGAGGAGGCCGGGGUACCACUCCCGAGCUCCAACCGGAAACGCAACCACGUGGACGUCAAAGCGGAGAUCAAGGAAGAGGAUGAAGUGAGCGUGAAGGAAGAGCGGGAUAGGAUGGAGAGUCCGGAGAACUCGGAGAACCGGGACCCGCAGAGGCGGAUGAGCGAGGAGUCGUUGGUGACGACGAGUAGUGUCAAAGCCGAGGACGAUGAAGAACCCAGGAAGGAGAGCAGUGAGAGCCCAGCGUCUAGUCCAAAACCGGCUCCGGAGAGCCCCUGCCGGAACUCGGCCAGCCCGGCGAGCAGCGAUCGUUCGGUGACGUCCCGGUCGGAUAAGAAGUCGAGCGGGAGUCUAGGUGCUUUAUCGUCCAUGUUCGACAACCUCUCGGGCGGGAACGCCAAUUCCUCCGAGCCGACGACGACCUCCGGGAAAGGGACGAGUCACCCUCUGGCGGCCCUCCAGAAGCUCUGCGACAAGACUGAGACCCACCACCCGCCGCCGCGGCCGAGCCUCGCGGCGCCGCACGGCUCGACGCCCGUUCCGCUGACGACGACCUCGACGAGCAACACCCCGGGUGCUAUCCUGGCCUUCAGCUGGGCCUGCAACGACGCCGUCGUCAACUCGGACUCCAUCAUGAAGUGCGCCUUCUGCGACACGCCGUUCAUCUCCAAGGGCGCCUACAGGCAUCACCUCUCCAAGAUGCACUUCGUCAAGGACGGGGUCAUCCCCGACCCGGUCGCCCUCAAGUCACCCUCGACGCCCCCGAGCAAGUCGAGUAGCUCCUCGGUGGCGUCCACGUCGGCCGCCAGGAGCCCCACGCAACAGAACAACUUCGAGGAAAGCCCCCAUUCUAAAUUUCUAAAGUAUACCGAGUUAGCGAAGCAAUUAUCUAGUAAAUACGUUUGAAUGAAACGCCACGCAAUCUUUCUCUCUCUCCCUCCCGAGCUCUCUGUACAUACGUUGCAAAUACUAAUCUGUGAAUAUCUCACUUUAACUUCUCAACUUUCCGCUCCCUCCGUCGUAGCUUAUCAACCCCCGUCUUUUCGAUAGUUUCUCUGCGCUUCUAUUUACCGUAGGAGUUGAUCUCUCCUCUCAAAAUUACCUUUCUUCUUACAUGGCCGUGCCAAUGGAGAACGCCGUAUGAACACUUGCAUGUUGCCAAAUUUCACCUGAAAAAAUCGUUUUUUUGAGAAAUAUUAUGAGACUUUUAAUUGAUAUUCUUAGAAAAUAUCACGGGGAAAAUUCGAUGAGAAAUUUGAAAAAAAUUCUGACUUAUUUUCUCGAGAGUUUGUGAUUCGACGAAGGAAGUUUGGCAACCUCUGAAGGCUCAUACGGAUUUCUCCCUUACCACGACAGUACACCUGCCACUAAUUCUGUGUUUUUCAGUUAAAGAAUAAUUUCUCUCUUCUUAUCUCUAAGUUGUGCAAUGCUAUUGUAAGUUAAUAUUCUGAAAACCUAAUGAUUUAACUUCAAGAACGAAAAAAAAUGAUGACUGAAUAAGAUGACAUUUCAGUAAUAAACCAUCGAAUUUAGUUUUGAUCUAGUUUGUAUUCUCUACUUGUUCCAGUUAAACAUGACGAAAAUAAUGUUUUUCCUUGUUCACCUGAUAUGGAUAGGCAUGAAUGAGUGGAUGGAACAAGGCACGUAUUUUCUCCUUUGGAGACGGGAUUUUGGUUUCAUGACUUAAAAUAGUGGUUUAUUUAAAUAGUUUUUAUUUUUAUAUCCCUCUAAAUUUGUCAACUCAUCACCGCCUUUUCAUGCGGAUUCUUAUUGGGGUGAAAAUUCAUGGAAAUUAAACACUCAUUAUUACUCAUCUCUAUCCACCAUAACUCCACUGUUAUGAAUAUGAUGACGUAGCCUUCCAUCUCAAUAUUAUUGGCUUUAUCUCUGUAAAUGGAAUGACUUGAAUGGAAUGAAUAUGAUGGUAAUUUUUAGAUGGUGGGAGUACAUUGAAGAUACUAAAACGUAUACCAUUUAUUUUUAAUUGAUUGUAGCAAUUUUAAAUCAAAUAAAAUUACCUGAUUUCCAAUGUGAUGCAAAAGAAUAUUUUCAUAUUUUGCCCCAUUUAUUAUUGUUGUUGAUGUGUUUUUUCGUUCCCAACUUUUUUGUUUAGUUUUUCUUACUUUUGUAAUAUACAGGUUUUUUCGCCGUAUUUUUCUCAUGAAACAUUAUUCACAAGCAAAACUCAUCAGUAAUAUCCAGUUCUAACACUGUCUUCUUUGUUCAAAGUUUCUUUCCCUCCCGCCUCGCUCUCUCUCUUUUCUUUCUUAUGUAAGCGAUACGAAUUCUAUUUUCAAGUUAAUUGUCCAAAUAACUCACCUAAGUAGCAGUCAGCCAUUAAAUAAACUGACAGUUAUUUUCUUUUUUUCAUUGAUUUGAAUAAAAGUUAACCCUCUCUGACGUUUGUGACAAAAUGCAUAAUUUCAAUACUUGCACCGCAAUUCAGUCCACGUUGUUACUAAAUUUAUUUUGAAGUUCAUCUACUCUAAUAAACUUCAUAUAGAAUUUUAGAUUCGAGUAUGAACUUUCCCAUAACAAGGCCAAAUUAUAAUGAUAGGUCAAAACCUUCAUAAAUUGAGAAAAAAGUGAAAAAAUUAUUUUAAAUGAGAAGAAACUUAAGCUCUCUCCAUCUAUUAAAAGCUCAUCGUUUAUUUUAAUACGAGACGCUUGACAUGUAGUUUACAUUGCAAUGAACCAUUUUCCAGAAGUCUAUACUUUUAACUGUUUUGUAUUUUAUUUUCUUUUAAUUUACGAAACGGAGAUUAAUUAAGGUUCCCACUCUCAAUUGCGCAUGGUCUAAUUUGACUGUACUUGGACUCCUUGGUUGUAUGUUAUUACUUAAAUUCCAAGUCCUAAGCUCAAUUUAUAGGUACUUAUUUAAUUUCUAUAUUUUUUUACCCAUAGCAAUGAUGUUCAUAAGUCCCAAAAAAGUAUACGUCUUUUUUUAAACCUUUGCCGAAGUCAUGUUUCCUUAAUGAAAAUUGUGUUUACCAUAAUAGUUGAUUUCCUUGAUGUGAAAGAAAUACUUGAAGAAAUUAGACAUUCUACUAUUCUGCUUUGUAAUUAGUUGGGUGGGCUGAUAACCUUCAAGUGUAACUCUGUAAUAUCUGUACAUAGUCCCUUCUUCUCCCACAGUUCAGCAACGUUGGAGAGAUCUGUCUACUCAGGCCUCUUAAAUUUUUUGAUUAUGAUAUUGAUUACUACAAGAAUGUGAUUCUACAAUGUUAAACGAUGAUAUUUCACAAUGUAUACGUCAAACCUUAGAGUCAAUUAUCCCUGCAGUAUUGCUUCUUGAUAAGUGAAAACAUUGAUAAUUAAAAUUAUCAAUUUAGGAAAGGCCUCAGCCAAGCGGAAUUAACUGGACGUAUUUCUGCCAAACGGAACCAUGUGCAUUUAGACAUGAGCCCUAAGACUUUGAAAAUAUAAUGCACAACAGGGCUCACGUCAUAAUGCACAUACUUCCAUUUGGCAGAAAUAUGUCCAACUGAUCAAUCUACUGAGGAUCCUGUAUUUUUCUUUGUUGUGUCUCAGCCCACUAAACUCAUGCAAGACUCUUUAAAAAAAUAUUGUUUUCCGUCAUCAUUAACACAAGUCCGCAGUAUCUAAUUUUUUUCCAUAAUUGUCAUUAUUUUUGUAUUUAAUAUGAAUGUAUUUUAUCCAAGUUUGGUAAAUAAGAGCCCACCGCUAGUGUUCCUCAAAAGGGUCUCCCUACAAAAGGAAACUCCAGUAACUUCGAAUCUUCUUGGAUUCCAUUCAAUCCAAGUAAAAAUGAUAGAUUACUCGCAAGUUUCUCACGCACUUUUUUCUUCCUCACAACCCUUUUGUCAAGAGACAUUAUAAAAAUGGCCGAUUGCGCACAAAAAACAAAGUAGUUCUUCCUCAUCAUGACAUCAAGACCUAAGAUUAUGCUUCCACCCAAGUAUGAUAUAAUAAAUGGGUGCUUUGAUUUUAUCCAAUCCUCGGGAUACUUAAAGACUUUUUGUUAAAAAGAAAUUCAAAGGACAAUUUAGAACCUUGGAACUCUAUCUUAAUGUUAAAUUUCUAGAUGGUACUUUUGACUUUGUCACUUUCAUACAUUCCUUUCUGAACUAUGUUCAAACAUGAUUGUAUACGACUCUCUUAGAAAGUCUUCUCUUGCUUCAUUGUGAGGCAAACAUGUAUUAAACUCUAAUAACGUUGCUGUAAGCAAUAUUGUAUGUUAUCGGUGUACUUAUAAAAUCUGCAUGUGCCAACUAGUACUCAAUGCGUUCUGAAGAGAAUUUUGUUUCUCUCUCUUCACUAAAGUGUGUUGCAUUAAAGUUAAAGCUAGGAGGAUAUGUUUACAUUAUUUUUGCUUCGAAAUAAAAAGCAAAGAAAUAGGCGGGUUGAUUAGUGGGAAAAAACUGCAGAAUAUUCAUCCCAAAAUUCUCCUGAAAAGUUGACGGAAAGUUUGUAAACUGGAAGUUCGUAAAAAAUACCCAAAAUAAAGUGAAGUCCACAGCCAAAUAUCAUGCAUAUAUUCAACAUUCAAUAGAUAGAAAAUCCGUACACGUCAUCAAUUUGUUGACGUCACGUAUUUCAAGAACGUUAAAAAUACAUAUGGACGUUACUAUUUGACUUAGGGAGUUUCUAUCCAAAAUGUUACUUCGGUUAUCUCAAAUUUAGGUUUCCUUUAAAACUUUCAAACAGUAGGUCAGGCACAGCUCUCUACUUGAUAUUUUUAGAGGCGAUAUCGCAUGAAAAGAUGGAACCUCGUUGAAUGUUUCUUUGAAAGCUGACAAUCAGUUACCGAAUCAAACCGUCACGCUUUCUGUGCAAGUCUUAGUUUGAAAACAAGUUGGUUAUUGAUCAAGAAAACAAGGGAGAAUAUGAAAAAAAUAUUCCGUUGUGCAAAAGAGGAACCAGAAAUGAUGAAGCUCCUUUCCUGGAAACAAAUCAGUUUUUGUGCUAGAAAAGAAAACUUUGAACGAUGGCGGGUACUUACGCUCUGUUCGUGGUGUUAAAAGAGAAUCAUGCAAUAUUCUCUCAAAUAAAAUUCUAGUCUCUUCCUAAUAUACUUACGGCGAUCAGAGGUAUAGAUUUCCUCUCUGCUCGCGAGGUGUUAGUUUAUUUAUGAAUUUGUUCAUCUUUUCUCCAAUCAAAAGUGAUUAGAUGCUAAUAGUAAACCUCGUCGCUCCACUGACAUAAGCACCUAACCACAUUUUGAGAUGAGGCAUUGUGUUCGUCCGUGGAAGCUCGCAAGUUGACAGUGGUGAGUUUGUUCCAUUUGAUUUAGUGUGAAAAAUCGAUAUCUAUCGAGGCAGGCCGCCUCGACUAUAAUCGAUUAUUCGCAUCAAUUUAAAUGGAGGGAAAAACAAUGUAAUUGUGACGAUAGUCACUAUGUCCGUAUAACUCUAUCAUAACGACUUUUAAGUCAGCGGAGCUAUGAGGUGUUCUCCUUGUAGGGCAGUUUUGGACCUUUAUUUUGCUUUAAAUUUUCGUUACGCAUUAAAGUACCUACUGUAACUCCUUAGUUUUGGCUAUUUUUGAUGACGGGUUUGAUGGAAGCUACUGAAUUUCAGGUGUUCUAGUUUUUUUCCUACACGACUGGAACAUCGCUGCCAUCAACUCCAUCAUCACUCUGUGUCCGGUCGACUAGGCUCCAGUGAGAAUUUAUACGAUAAAAUCAUAAAUACCAGUGUUAUUUAGCACAUAAGGAUCUCUUAUAGGGUUGGGUUAUCAUUAUUUUUAAGACUCAAGCAUGGAUGUAUCCCUUCGAUUUUAAGUUGUCAAUUUCAAUGAUAACGGCCCCUUAUUCCAGUGGUACUUAUAACUGCGAUUCAGUAACUUUGCCGAGGAGUAGAACAUUUUCAACAAGAAGGUCUCUCAGAUAAUAACUUUUGUCACAAUAGUUUAUUUGCCGUUCAAAGGCUGUGAAAAAUAUAAUUACUGAUAGAGCAAGAAGACUCUUUCUUAAGUUUUUCUAAUGUUGAGGAAUAUAUCUGCCCACUUUUUGAAUACACAUGGAACAAUCCCUAAAGUUUCUAAGUUCUUAAUGUCUAAAUUUUCCAAUUAUGUUCACAAAUGACAUGUUGGGAGAUCGGAUUCCUAAUUAAUUCGUGGUUGCUGUAUUUACGUGCGCGUACGAAGUAUAAUAUUUUGAUACUCGUGUGAUGAGUCUAUACUGUCUUAUGAACAGGUUCUAAGUAUACGAAUUAAGGUUAAUAAUGAUAAUCCAACCCAUUUUUGUAGUUAAGAACUACGUCUCUGUAUACGAUGAUUGUACAUAGUAACUUUUUGUAAUUUUUCAGCCUAAAAAUUUCAAUUUAAAAUACCAAGACUAAUUAGUUUAUUUUUUAAAAUAUUUUGUAUCAUAACUGAAGCUGUACUAUUAUAAAUACUUUUGUAUUAUUACUGUCGCAAAUUUACUCAUAUUUUGUUAGGUACUUCAUUGAAUUUUAUGUAUUUAUGUACAAAAUUAAAUUAAAUAGGUCAAAAAGAGGCAAGUUGAACUCGACAAUUAGUAUUGUUCAAACGUUUGUGAUGCAGUCCGCGUAUUAAUUUUAGUUGAUCAUGUUGUUUCUUUCCUCUUUACAUUUUGUAAAAUAAUGGAUCUAAUCCACUCUUUUUCGCGGAGGAAGUCAAUGUUGAUGGUACUCUUGGUAUGUUUUGAUCGAAUAUUCUUCUUUUUCAAAAGAUGCUCAUUUUCAUAAAUUGGUAUACAUGAUACCAAAUUUUAAUGUUUAAGACAUAUUAGGUAAUAAAUUCAUGGAUAAACACAAUGUAUACUUCAAUGACUCAUAAAACAAUAAAAAUAUUACUAUUGUUUAA